CUCUUUCCUCCUAUCCUAGCCUCUAUUUUAUUUUUAAUUUUUUUUUUUUAGAACUUCUUUUAAUUUACAUACACCCAAAUACAUGGCUAACAACAACUCUACUUCCCCUUUCACCCUCCAAAACCGCCCUGAUCUUCACCUCCAAAUCCCACCCGAUUCCGAAGACGACACGAACCAAUCCACCCCUGGUUCUGGGGAAGGAAGCGGCCGCCGUCCUCGUGGUCGUCCUCCCGGCUCCAAAAACAAACCAAGACCACCAGUUAUCAUCACCCGAGAAAGCGCAAACACCCUUAGAGCUCACAUACUUGAAAUCAGCAACGGAUGCGAUGUUUACGAAUCCGUUGCUGACUACGCUAGGAAACGUCAACGUGGGAUAUGUAUAGUCAGCGGUAGUGGGACGGUAAACAACGUUAGUCUUCGGCAACCGGCUGCAGCUGGAUCUGUUGUGACACUUCAUGGCCGGUUUGAGAUACUUUCACUUUCGGGUUCUUUUUUACCGCCACCGGCUCCACCGGGUGCGACUAGUUUGACAAUUUAUUUAGCCGGUGGACAGGGUCAAGUUGUUGGAGGGAAUGUUGUGGGAGCCCUUAUAGCUUCUGGACCAGUUAUAGUAAUAGCUGCAUCUUUUACUAAUGUUGCAUAUGAGAGACUUCCUUUAGAUGAAGAUGAAGCUGCUGUCAGCAGUGGUGGUGCUAAUAAUAAUGCUGAUGGAGGUGCCCAUAACUUUCCUCAUGACCCAUCAUCUAUGGGGUUACCAUUUUUUAAUUUACCACUUAACAUGCCAGCUAAUGUUCAUUUACCUGUUGACGGCGGCGGUGGCGGUGGUAGUGGUGCUGGUGGUUGGCCUGGUAAUACAGCGAGCCGACCGCCUUUUGGAUAAAUAAUUAAAAAGGUCAGAUAAUUAAAUGUUAUAAAAAAACAAUGGAUCAUCAUCAUUUAUCAAUAUUAGCUAUCACUUUUUUAUUUUA